AUGGCCCCGUUGAAUUCGGACAACUCACCUUUUGCUAGCCUGGGGUUCAGUGCGACCGUAGCAGUGGUGUUUGGGAUCGUUUCAUUCGCAUACUUCUUUGCAAUUGCGAUAUAUCGAUUAUACUUUCAUCCUUUGGCGAAAUAUCCAGGUCCAAUCUUUGCACGCAUCAGUCCGAUACCGGCAGUUUGGGCUCUACUCCAAGGCCGCCUUCCGUUCUGGCAGAAAGCAUGUCACGAUAAGUACGGCCCAAUGGUGCGCAUAGCGCCCAAUGAGAUGAGCUUUGAUGAAGAAGCAGCGUGGAAAGACAUCUAUGGUUCGAGGCCGGGCCACAAGAACUUCCACAAAGAUCCUAUCCAUGUUGGAUCAAUAGCUGCAGUCCACGGAGUAUCGACCAUCACCAUGGCGAACGAUGUCGAUCACGCUCGCCAACGAAGAGCGCUUUCGCAUGCUUUUUCUACGAAAGCGCUACUGGAGCAGGAGUACAUCGUCCUGAACUAUGUCAACCACUUCUCGGAAAAGAUGAAGAGCUUUGCGGGAGGCGAUGGGAUUGUCGACGUAGCAGACUGGUUUGCAUAUACGACAUUUGACGUGAUUGGCGACAUGGCAUUAGGGGAGCCCUUCGGAUGCCUGCAAAGCGAUGACUUCCGCUUCUGGGUCCCCUUGAUUAGUGAAUCCAUCAAAGCUGGCGCUCUAGAGCAAGCAACACGGAGAAUGGCCACUACAGGUGCUCCCCUUCAACAGUUUCUCCAAUGGUGCAUCCCAGGCAACAUCGCCCAAACACGCCUUAAUCAUCUCAACUACAGCCGCGAAAAGAUCCUCAAACGCAUGGAGCAGAAAAACAGCGAACAUCGCGAUUUCCUGUACUACGUUAUGAAGCAACAAGAUAAAGGCGAUCUCAACAAGAACGAAGUAAUCGUCAACGGGGCCCUCUUCAUCAUCGCCGGUACAGAGACAACAGCAGGCUUUCUUACCGGCCUGUUCAACCUACUUACUCGCCCAGAGAACAAAGACAUUCUGGAUAGGCUGACCAAGGAGAUACGCGAUAACUUCAAGUCUGACGCAAGCCUCAACUUCCAAGACCUGGCCGCGCUUCCCUACUUUUCUGCAGUCAUCGAUGAAGGCCUCCGCAUGUUCCCCUCGGCACCCAUAGGCUUUACUCGCACUGUCCCCCAAGGUGGCGACACGGUGGUUGGUGAAUAUCUACCCGGUGGCACUACAGUCAGUGUGUGCAUGUGGGCGGCGACCAAAUCUGAGCGUAAUUUUGCCGACCCCUACGUUUUCCGCCCAGAACGCUGGCUCGAUCGCGAAAACGCGACAGAUAAGCUUGGAGCGAGUAAUGCGUUUAGUUUAGGUCCGAGAGGCUGUAUCGGCAAACAUCUUAGUUAUAUGGAGAUGCGGCUCAUCAUCGGGAAGCUGUUAUGGCAUCAUGAUGUCAGUAUGCUUGAGUGUGAAGAUAACAAGGUGUGGGAUCCGAAACGAGAUUAUGAGAACAUGAAGGUGUAUACGAAUUGGAUUAAGCCUGGAUUGAAGUUGAAGUUGACACCGAGAAAGGACUAA